GGGCGUCAAAAGCAACAAAAGCGUACCUCAACCUUUUUUGAGUUCUGCCAGUCGGAGAAGUGUAUACUAUUGUGUACUGAUGUAGCAGCACGUGGUCUGGAUAUACCUGAAGUUGAUUGGAUAAUACAAUAUGACCCACCUGAUGACCCCAAAGAGUACAUUCAUCGUGUUGGUAGGACAGCAAGAGCUGGUGCUAGAGGAAAGGCUUUAUUGUUUCUUUUGCCUGAGGAGCUAUCCUUUCUUUGCUACUUGAAACAAGCAAAGGUUCCAUUAAAUGAAUAUGAAUUUGCUCCUGGCAAGCUCAGUAACAUACAAACACAAUUGGAGCACUUAAUGGAAAAGAAUUAUUACCUACACAAGUCAGCGAGGGAUGGCUAUCGCUCCUACCUUCAAGCUUAUGCUUCCCAUUCACUCAAGAGUGUCUUUAAUGUAGAGCAGUUGGACCUACAGAGAGUAGCCAAAGGAUUUGGAUUCUCAGUACCUCCCAGCGUCUCAUUGAGUAUCCAUUAA